CAUCACAGUAUUGUGGAAAACCCUUUUAACUGCGACUAUGGAUACAACAUCAUCUUGGGGAAUGAUGUCUUGGUACAGAAGUACUGCUACUUUCAAGAUGCGAGCAAAAUUAUCAUCGGCAAUAGAACAAUUAUCGGGCCUAAUGUGAGGUUCUGCUGUAUGACGGCAAGCAUUGACGCGGAACAGCGAAGUGGCCUACGAGGCGACUUCAUGGCAGGCCCGAUCAAGGUUGAGGAAGAUGUAUUCAUCGGCGCGGACUGUAUCAUCUUGCCGUUCCGAACGAUCGGAAAGGGAGCGGUCGUUGGUGCUGGGUCUGUGGUCACUAGAGACGUGAAGCCGUACACCGUUGUAGCCGGCAAUCCCGCAAAGCCAGUACGACGC